AUGCCUAUCAGCUCACCCUCCUCAACUCUCAUCCCCUCUGGUCUUGCAUCGCUCUCUGACAUCCUCUUCCCUCUCCCUCUUCCGCAGCAACCGCAUUGGCAAGAAGCCCAUCAGUGCGUGGCUCACUCGAUUCGCCUUCUCACCUCUCGCCCCCUCACCUCCCACUUCUCGCCCUGUGAUACCGUGCUCAACCCUCCUCUCCCUGCUCGCAGCAUCCACAUUGGCAAGAAGCCCAUCAGUGCGUGGCUCACCCACUUCGCCUCUCGCAGCCUGCUGCAGGAUAACGAGUGGACUGUUGCUAGUGACCUGCGCUCCAAGUAUGGAUUCGGUCCCAGCAGGAAAAGCCCUGGGAAGGGCAAGGGGAAGGGACGGAGCAAGGAUGGAGAGGCGGGCGGGGUGGAUGGUAGUGGUGGUGGUGGAGAGGGGCGGAUGGGAGGGGUAGGAGCAGAUGGAGCAGGAGAGUCAAAAAAGCGGAAGGCCUCGGUGGGAAAUGGUGUGGAGAAGGGUGGAGCAGGGGCGCAGAAGCAGCAGAAGAGGGGGAAGGAGGAGGAUGGAGGAGAUGGAGUGGUGGCGAUAGGCGGCGAGGAGGGAGAGGGAGCGGCUCCCACAGGGAAAUGCCAUGUGUGCAAGCGCAAGGUCAGCAAGGACAACGUCCCCCUGCUGCUCUCCUGCUCCUCCUGCCCUCGCGCCUUCCACCUCCCCUGCCUGCCUGCUGCCAUGCUGCCGCCAGCGGCACAGCUAUCAGAGUCACAAGCCCAAGGGUCGCAGGUUGGAGCAGAGAAGAGUGAGCCGCGUCCUGUAGCAACUCCAGGAGGCGAAGAGAAGGAGGGAGAGAAGGAGGGAGAGAAGGAGGGAGAGAAGGAGGGAGAGAAGGAGGGAGAGAAGGAGGGAGAGAAGGAGGGAGAGAAGGAGGGAGAGAAGGAGGGAGAGAAGGAGGGAGGGAAGGAGGGAGGGAAGGAAGGAGGAAAGGAAGGAGGAAAGGAAGGAGGAGGGCAGGCUCUGCUUUGUCCCGUCUGCUGGCGAAGACACAGCCAAGCAAAACAGCAGCAGAAGGAGGAGCAGAGGAAAGCAGACGAGGAGCGCAAGUUGCAGAAGCAGCGGGAGAGGGAGAGGGAGAGGGAGCAGAGGGAGAGGGAGAGGGAGCAGCAGCAGCGCAAGCGGCAGUACCCGAUUGAAGACCUGGAGGUGGAAGAGGAGGAGAGGCGAGAGCUGGCCGCUGCUCUUGCUGCCGCUGCCGCUGCCGCCGCUGCUGCUGCUGGUGCUGCUGGUGCUCCUGCUGGUGCUGCUGCUGCAGCUACCACUGGUGCCACACCAGCUUCCCCAGCUGCUGCCCCAGAUGCUACCACUGCCACUGCCACGGCCACUGCUGCUGCUGCUGCUGCUGCUGCUUCACUACCCUCAGGAGCCCUCCCCUUCCAAUCUAUUCUUCAGCCUCAUACUCCCUCUCCCGCACCCGCACUCGCACUCACACUGCCCCAACGACCCCCACGCCCCACUCCUCUGCUGGCUGAAAUCGCCCUGGGCCUGGACGCGCCUCUGGAUCUCUCCCUGUGGGGGAAGGCCCAGCGGCAGUGGGGGAUGCACGCUGGUGCAGGUGGGUCUGAUGCGGUUGAGAGAGAUGCACAGGCUGGCACGGCUCAUGGUGGUGAUGGUGAUGGUGGGAUGGUGGACGAAGGAGUGAAGGAGGAGGAGGGUGGGGAUGAGGAGGGGAAGGAGAAGCGGGAAGAGGGACAGCCCAACACAGAUUACCUUGGUGCCAACAAGAAGCUUCCUCCCCAGUUCAGAUGUCCUCGGUGCAUUGGUCCCUUCCAACCGGUUUUCCAGUUCCACAGGGAGUUCAACCGCUUUGGCAAGAUCUCCCCCGUUCCCCUCCGCAAGCUCGCGCGCGCGCUCGCACAAGCGGACGAAGAGCCCGGGUGGCUGGUUUUGUCCGACCUGCACGUUGGGCUGUUCCGGGCGCUGCUGAAUCUGGGCGGCGGGGAGGUGCCGGGCGGGCACGAGGGGAUCGGCGUGACUCAGAAGGUUCUGGACCGGUGGAAGAGGCUUCUGAAUGCUGCCACGUGGCAGGAGAUCAUUCGCAGGGCUCUUCAAGUGGGGAGGAAUGGGGACGGAGGAGGGCGGGAAGGGGGUAUGGAGGGAGGGCAGGGAAAAGAGCUAGCAGGUAUGAAGGGAUUGUUAUUUAAGAGGAUCUCUCCAGCCAUCCUCCCGCUCUCCCCCUCAGGGGUACCUGAUCGAGGGCAAGCCCCAUGCCUCCUCUCCUCGCUGCAGUCGCCCACGUGCUUUCCUGCUGGCCUGCACUCGCCCUGCCCCCCGGGGUGCACCUCUGCCUCCUCUCCCUCCUCCCCACCUCCUGGCCCCCCUUUCCCCCACACCACCAGGUAUCUGAUUCGAGCGAGCCCCAUGCCUCCUCUGCUCGCCGCCGUUAGCCAAGCUCUCUCCCGCCUUCCCGCGCUCGCCCUGCCCCCCGGGGUGCACCUGAGCGUGCUCUCCCUGCUGCUCUCCGACGUGCUUGACGCCGAGGAGACGCGCGAGAUGCUCGCAGAGAACAUGGAGGCCGGGAUCGACCUGGGGAAGAGUAGAGGCGGAAACACUAUUCCCAUGCCUGCUUCCUCUCUCCCUUUCCUCCCCACCCACACACACAAUCCAAACCAGCGAGCCCCAUGCCUCCUCUGCUCGCCGCCGUUAGCCAAGCUCUCUCCCGCCUUCCCGCGCUCGCCCUGCCCCCCGGGGUAUCUGAUUCGAGCGAGCCCCAUGCCUCCUCUGCUCGCCGCCGUUAGCCAAGCUCUCUCCCGCCUUCCCGCGCUCGCCCUGCCCCCCGGGGUGCACCUGAGCGUGCUCUCCCUGCUGCUCUCCGACGUGCUUGACGCCGAGGAGACGCGCGAGAUGCUCGCAGAGAACAUGGAGGCCGGGAUCGACCUGGGGAAGAGUAGAGGCGGAAACACUAUUCCCAUGCCUGCUUCCUCUCUCCCUUUCCUCCCCACCCACACACACAAUCCAAACCAGGUAUCUGAUUCGAGCGAGCCCCAUGCCUCCUCUGCUCGCCGCCGUUAG